AUGCUUAGUAGCUACAGCGGCGCCGGCGUCUCACCGAUAGUCACUUCGUCCGCCGCCAUGCCGGCUUGCGCGCUCGAAUAUAGCCGCCUCGCGCGAUCUAACACAGACCCUCCGGCGCUCCUUUUCCUCGACCUUCUCGUUGAUACCAGAGGAACGCGCCGUUUCGCCCGAGAGACCUCCGCCGCUCCAGAGGAUUAUACGCAUCCUCACCUGGGGACCACGACUCUGCUUCCGGCCGCUGUUUGCGCUGCUCAGUUUCAUAGCUCACCCAGCGUGGAAACAAAUUUUAGUGGUCCUCCCGACGCUGUGGAUCGCCGCAUCUCUCUUUAUUUUUUGGAAAUGCAUCCAAUGGUCGGCUACGCGCUCAGCUCGAAGAAUCCCAAUAAACCUCGCACUGUACUCAUCAGCGGAGGCAGUUCAGUGCAAGCGUUACAUUUAGCCAGAAACUUCCACUCUGCUGGCGCGAGGGUGGUCGCCUUCGAGAUAGAAGGACAGUUCUCUUUAUUGAAGUAUUCUGCAGCAGUGAAUAAAUUCUUUACUGUGCCGAGACCGAAUCCUGCCGAUCCUCUCGCGUAUGCGAGGGCGUUAAGAGAAAUUGUCGAUAGAGAAUCUGUCGUGUUCUACGUGCCCGUGAGUUCAACCACCCCAGCAUACUAUGACGCAUUGGCGAAGCCACUACUAGAAGUAGUCGGUUGCCAGUGCUUCGUGCCUUGCGCUCGCGACGUGGUCACCCUGGACGAUCCGUUGGAGUUGAUACGCGUGUGUCGUGCUGCGGGAUUGGCGACGCCACAAUUUUGGGUUGUGACCAGUGAAGACGAUGUUCGAGUGUGGUAUGAAAGUGGAGCGGCUAAAGAAGGCCGUCAUUUUAUUGCGAGUGCUGGAGCUCGGGGGGCGAGGGACCGAUUGCGGUUUGUCAUGCCCAACGAAAAGGGACACUUCAGAUUCCCGAGAGAAAUAAGCGUAGAGAAGCCUUGGGUAAUAGUCAGAGAACCGAAGGGAGAAAGAAUAGUGACCUGCACUACGUUGAGGGAGUCACAGGCAGCCAACAACGUGACUUGCCGCGUGGAUUCCGUGCGCAAAGGUUUGGUGCCGCAGAAAGAUGAUGAGGCCGAUGCAUGGGUACAACGAUUUGUAUCUCAUUUAGCACCGGCGCGACCGAUGACAGGCCACGUGUCCUUCAGGCUCGUGCGGGAGGAAGGUACCACCAACGGACACAACAACAGACUCUUUCUUUGCCGUACUUAUGUCAAGGUCCCACGCGGUGCGGCCACACCGCGGCUGUGGGCAAAAUAUUGGACACUGUUUUGGACACGCGAGAAGCUCUGUUCGCGUUUUGGGAUCCUCUGCCUUAUUGUGCUUAUUAUCACCGUGCAAGACCCCACCGAACGUUUAUUUAUUAAGACACUCAAGUACCUGAAUCGUGCAAGAUGCCAUAUCUUUGUGUCUCGCUCCGCGUCGCUCGUUCUCUUUUCCUCUGAGAAUGGCAGUUAG